AUGGUGCAAAGAAAGUUGGAGCCUUCCCCACCACUAUCCACGGCUCCAGACAACCUGCAGCCUCCCCCACCACUAUCCACGGCUCCAGACAACCUGCAGCCUCCCCCUUCACUAUCCACAGCUCCAGACAACCUGCAGCCUCCCCCACCACUAUCCACGGCUCCAGACAACCUGCAGCUUCCCCCUUCACUAUCCACAGCUCCAGACAACCUGCAGCCUCUCUCACCACUAUCCACGGCUCCAGACAACCUGCAGCCUCCCCCACCACUAUCCACAGCUCCAGACAACCUGCAGCCUCUCUCAUCACUAUCCACGGCUCCAGACAACCUGCAGCCUCUCUCACCACUAUCCACGGCUCCAGACAACCUGCAGCCUCUCUCAGCACUAUCCACGGCUCCAGACAACCUGCAGCCUCUCUCACCACUAUCCACAGCUCCAGACAACCUGCAUGUUAACAUGCUUCCACGCCCACCACCAUAUUGA